ACAGCAGUGUGGAGCAGCUCAAAUUUAGUAUGUUCAUUGGACAUAUUCUUUGUAAUUAUCUGAAAUUUGGCAGUCUGUCUUACACAAAUUUUGAAUUUUUGCAGGAGGUUACUUUUCAUAUUGCUGGAAUCUUCUUAUAUCUUUAGGGAGGAGGGCGUCAUGGAAGAACUCAACUCAGCUGCAACUUCAAACAGUUCUUCUACUCCUGGACCUCUCCCUCAUUCUCCUCUUGUGGACUCCAGAGGUGUGCUGCCUGCAGUGAUUCUGUCUCUCUGCUUUCUGGUGGGACUUCCUGGAAACAUUGCCGUCAUCAUUCUGAAGCCAAAUUUUCAGCAGCUGUCCAGCAUGACCCAGAAUCUGAUGCUGAAUCUGGCCGUGUCAGACCUGCUCUGUCUGCUGACUCUCCCGCUGUGGAUUUACAGUCUGCUCUACAGCUGGAUCUUUGGUCUGCUGGCCUGUAAAAUCCUAGCAUAUCUCGUGUAUUGCAGUGUUUAUGGAAGUUUUCUGACUAUAGUUUUGUUGAGCUUCCAGCGUUACAUGCUCGUGGUGCACCAGAAGUCUUGGGAUCAGACAAAAAGAAGAUUGCUGGUGGUUUUGCUUUGGCUGGUUGCAAUGAUUCUCUCCGUCCCUGCUUUGGUGGUUCAACAGUUGAGCUCUGACGAGCACUGGGUGAACUGUGAACAUCAAUACUCCUCUACAACCCAAAAGAUAGCCGUCCUGCUAGCAGAGGCUCUGGUGGGAUUUGCUUCUUUGCCUAUUGUAGCAUUUUCAUACAUUCAACUUUACAGGAAGAUGAAACACACAACAUUUUUUAACAACCCUCAGACAUCCAGACUGGUUACCAGUAUUGUCAUAGUGUUUUUUCUCCUGUGGAUUCCUAACCACACUGUAGAUGUGGUGUGUGUGGCAGCAGUUGCCUUACACAAGGAGGCGCUUGAACAAAAAUGUACAGAUACACAGGAUAUUGUUAAAUCCCUGACAUUUAUAAACAGCUGUCUAAAUCCACUCCUGUAUGCAUUCACUUCUCACAUUUGUAAAUGUGUGAGACAGGAGAACCACUAAUUCAUUACUUCCACAAAUUCCUUUACUAUUACUUGAAUUAAAGCUGUCAGAAGAAAUUGCCUACAGAACUUUAGUUUUUUUUCGUUCUUUUUAAAGUAGAAGACAUUUAAGUUUAAAAUAGAUCACUUUUAACGAACUAAAUUAACUUGUUCUUAUUUUUUUUUAUGCAUAAGAAAAUUUUUGUUUGCCUCAACACAACAAAAAACUUGAAAGACACUAGCAAAAAAAUGCCAAGGGUGUCAUGUUCUGACAAAGUGUUUCGAUGUAUGUUUCUAUAAAAACGCAUCCUAUUCUUUAAUGCCUCUGAGAUCUAAUCUGUCCAACUUGUUGGCUAAAUGCUUGCUCAAUUGUUUGUUUUAUUUAAAUUUUCUUUGUUGAUAUUAUAAACCCAUUGUCUUAAAUCUUUGGUUUUGUCACUUGAUGUCCAUAUAAUAUGUCUGGAGUAGACUUGCAAUGACAGUGUCAAUCCUGUAUUGAGCCUUUUUGAACAUUGAUGUUCUUGAUCUUAGCAGGCAAGUGAAUUCGAUCUAAAAAAUGUGGUCAAGUCUGUUGUUGAAAUAGGUGUCAAUGUAUAUAAAAGAAUGUGCUUGAUUUGACUGCGAGGGGUCAGGUUAACCCUUUAAGACAAGAGUCUUAGCUUCAGUGUUUACAUUCUUUCAACUACCGCAGCUCUUCAAGCAUUUACGUAAUUAAUGUUCAGUUGUGCUCAUAGGUUUACAUGCCUUGGAAAAAAUCAAGAUUUCUUGGUCAUUUUCAUAGAAUAUGAAUGAUAAAAAAAAAAAAAACUUUUUCCUUUCAUAGUUACUUGUUGGGGAAGCCAUUAAUGGUCCAAAAAAAUCUGUUUACCCUUUUUAAAUCAUAAUGACAACAGCAACUUCCCAAAUGAUCCCGUUCAAAAGUUUACAUAUCCUGAUGACUUUGUUCUGAAAACGUUUGUACAAGCUGUUACAAAAGGGUUUGAAUUACAGCUAAAGGUUACUAUCCUGACCUGUGACUCCUUUGCUUGUAAUCCAUGUGUGUAACUUAAAGUAAACAGACCAAUGCCAGAAUCGCUCCUGACAUGAACUCCAGUUCACCCUGUCAAAUAUUUUCACAAAUACAAAGUCUUAAUGAUGACAGGCAGGAAAAAUGCAUUUUUAUGUA